AUGGAGGAUGACAACUUUAGAGGUGACAUUACGGAGGAUGAAGAUUUGAGAGGUGACAAUAGUGAAGGUGUUACUAAUGUCGCUACUUGGCAGAAGAAUGAUGACGACUCGAGUGAUGCUGCUGCUACUUUAGCUGCUGCUCUUGCCUCGGCCUAUGGGGGGGUGGACGAAGGAGACGAGGAGAUGGGGGAGGAGGAAGAGGAGGAGGAAGGAGCAGAGGAAGCAGAGGAAUCAAAGGGUGCAGAGGGAACAGAGCGAGCAGAGGAAGCAGAGGGAACUGAGGGAACAGAGGGAGGAAGGGAAUCAGCGGGAGCAGAGGGAACAGAGGGAGCAGAGGGAACAGAGGAAACAGAGGGAGCAGAGGAAGCAGCGGAAGCUGAGGGAACAGAGGGAGCAGAGGAAGCAGCGGGAGCGAAUGAUUUGGUGUGUGGCGAUGCAGAGGACAUGAGGCGUAGAGGGGCAGAGCAGGGAGCAGAGCAAAGAGCAGAGCAGAGGGCAGAGCAGAGGGCAGAGCAGAGGGCAGAGCAGAGGGCAGAGCAGAGGGCAGAGCAGAGGGCAGAGCAGAGGGCAGAGCAGAGGGCAGAGCAGGGAGCAGAACAGAGAGUGCAUGGGGUUCGGGGAAGAGGGGGAGUAGGGCGUGGGGUUUGGAAGGGUGGGCAUGGAAGGUUUGAUGCAGUUGAUGUUGAUGACUCGGAUCCCAGUCACACUGACUCAGCUUCAAGCUGUGAUGAGUCAGACGCCUCCACUGCUAAGGCUAGGGCGAGCAGGCGUGAAGCAGCUGCUGGGCGUUCAGCUGCUGCAGGAGGUGCGGGGAGGGGUGGGGAUGGUGGGACUGUUGGGAUUGGUGGGAUUGGUGGGACUGGUGGGGGUGCUGCAGCAGGUGGGGGGACUGGUGGUGCAGUUAGGGGUGGCAGCAGUGGGUCAGAAGGGAGCUUUGAGGCGCGGGUUUUCAGAGCGUCUGCAGCCCAGCGGGCUUCUGGUGAAGGGAUGAUGGGAGGGCGGAGAGUGGUAGGUAAGAGAGGAGCAGACGGGUCAGCAGAAAGGGCAGGAGAAGGGGCGGCAAAAGGGGCAGCAGAAGGAAUGUACGCAGCAGUUGACGGGGUGACAGAAGCAGCUGGUUACAGAAAGGCACAAAAUACAAAAGCAGCAGAUACGGCAACGGCUGUCGCUGCAGCAGAGAGGAUCGGGGGGGAAGCGGGAGCAAGCAUGGGCGCAGCAGGAACUGAGAGAAAGACAGCAGCAGGAGAAGCUGCAGACACUACAGGAGCAGCGGACAGGAGAGGGGUUGGAGCUGCAGAUGGGAGAGGGGUUGAAGCAGCAGAGAGGAAUUGCGUAGGAGUAGCAGGCAGGGGUUGGGUCGAAGCAGCAGCAGCAGCAGCAGCAGCAGCAAAAAUGGAUGUGGAAAGAGAGGGAGGCACAGCAGCAGGAGCAGCAGAGGAAGAGGAGCAGCGGCAGGGGAGUUUGAGUGGAGAGAAGAGGGAAAGGCGGAAUGGGUUAAGAGAGACUCAAGAUCUAACUGGAGGGUCCGAUGGAGGGCACAAAACGCCAAAGAAGCAAAGGAGGGAUGAUGGAUUGAAGGAUGGUCGGAUGACGGAUGGUGGGAUGAAGGGUGGAGUAGACAAGACGGAGAAGAGAGAGAGGGAGGUUGCGGUAGGGGAUAAAGGAGAUGGUGCACUAAGGAGACAUGAGAGGGGGGAGGAAGCCAAAAAAAGAAAGGAUGGAGAAAGGGAAAGAGAGGAGAAACAGGGAGAAGAUCAAAAGGAGAGGGAAGGAGAGGGAAGGAAGGAGGGGCACAAUGGGGCCAUAGGAACAGCUGUCGAGAGGGCAUCUGGUCUAAAGGAGCAGCUGAGAGCAUCAGUCCACACUGACCUUGCCAAGCGCAUGGCAGGGUGCCGUGACUUUGCGUCAGUCCUUGAUAAAAUCGGGAUAAAAGUGGAUGGCAUGCCGCAACCAUCCACUCAGCAGGUUGAAGCAUCUUUCAAGAAGGCGCUGCUUCGGUAUCACCCGGACCGGAUGGCGAGGCUCGGAGCAGGGGCGGACGUUCGGAAGCAGGUAGAGGCAGAGGAGACCUUCAAGAUGAUGCUGGAGAAGAAGAAAACGCUUCCCCUUGUUGCACCACCGCCUGCCCCACCUGCUGCUGCCCCAGCUUACCCAGAUUUUGGUCUGCCCAAGUAUCACAAGUUUGGCAGGAGACGUUAUUAUUACUAA